AGAUAUUUCAGCUCUGGCUGUAGCCGGGGAAGACUGAAGGCGGUGGUCAGAGGGAAAUGGCUGCUCUUAAUUACUGCUUGACCCUAGUCGUGGUGGCAAUCUGCCUUAUUGUCCAGCUCUCCGAAGUUUCAGGACAGGUGUGUCCGUCAGGAUGGAUUAAAAGGAAAGGAGACCCUAAUUGCUAUUUCAUCUCUCCCAAAUCCAAGAAGAGUACCUGGAAGAAAGCCAGAGCGUAUUGUCAGAAAGCUAAAGGAGAUCUAUUGAAAUUGGACAGCCCGCAACUAAAGACAUGGCUAUAUGCCCAAAUAAGCAGACGUAUCAAAGCGGACAAAAGCAAUACGCAUUGGUGGGUUGGGCUCUCUCGUGCUAAUACAACAUUGCCGUGGAAAUGGCCAGAUGGCACGGCUAUCGACAAAACACUCAGUUUAUGGAGACCAGGGGAACCCAACAAUGCUGGAAUCUUCGUCAAGAUGGAAAACUGUGCAUCUUUUGCGAAUGACAUUGCCAAAGGCCUGGGGUUAAAUGAUGUUAUCUGCACCAUGAGUUAUUCCUUCAUCUGUCAGACUAAAGCAGAGAUCCCGGCUUAUUGCGACACGGACACCAUCCAAGGCUGGGACACUAUUAACGGAAUAUGUUAUAAAUACAUGGACUACCUGAGGACAUGGGCAGAUGCCAAGGCCAGUUGUGAAGGGGCCGGGGCACAACUUGUGUCGCCAUCGGAUACAAGUGUCCAACAGUUGGUCCAAUCGUACGCCAAACAAAAUAAGAGGGAUGUGUGGAUCAACGGCAUUUCACAGCCAAUCAAGAACAAACCCAACUACCAAUUUGUGUGGUCCAAUUCCACGACAAUCAGCAAAGCCUUCUGGGCCCCAAAGCAACCUAAAGUGGCGAAAGGUCAAGAGAACUCCACGUGUGUGAAGAUACCAAGCACAGCUUCCAACGCUAACAACUGGCAAGCGGACCAGUGUGACAAUGAGAACCAGUAUGUCUGCUCCAAAGUGCCCGGUGGCUGUGCCCCAGGAUGGACCCCAUUCAGCCGGUGGUGUUACCAGUUCAACUACCAGGCUUUACUGUCAUGGUCUCAGGCCAACAAGUAUUGUCAGAAACAAGGGGCCAUUCUUAUGGAAAUCACAACUAAAGACCAGCAGAACAAUUUCUUGGUGCCGUUUUUGGACAAUCUCCAACAGGGUGGAAUUCCAAGCAUAUGGAUUGGAAUGUCAGAUGGCCCCAAUAAGGCAGGAGCAUUUCACUGGACUUCAGGAGCAAAGUUAGGUUACAAGAACUGGGCUAAAGCUUUCCCAAAUGACACAGCCAACAAGCUGGACUGUGGUGUAAUCUAUACAGAUGACGACAAAGGUCUGUGGUCGACCACACCUAACUGUCUGCAAGCAAAGGGUUUCUUGUGCCAAGCCAAUGAGAAUGACGUCAUCUACCCAGUCUCCACACCUGCGCCAACCUUCACUUGUGAUGACGGCUGGGAUCUGAACGGACAGACAUGCUACAAGUUUUACACCAAGCACGCGACAUGGUUGGCGGCACAGAUUGCGUGUCAACAGAACGGUGGUCGUCUAGCACGUGUACUGGAUGGGGACACCCAGACAUACAUCAACAAAAAAGUUAAACAGGACAGCUGGAUAGGACUGAACGACAGACGUGCAAAUGGGCAGUAUUUGUUUGGUAGUGACACAUCCGCAACGUUCUUAAACUGGGAUAAUAAGCAGCCGACAAAGCGCGCUGACUGGAACUGCGGAAUUGUGAGUGGUGCGUCUGGUCACAAGGGCAAGUGGAAGAUUGUGGAUUGUUCCAAAUCUUACCCAUACAUCUGCGAAAAGCAGCAUACGAACAUCCCUCCCACAGUUGGACCGACAACUCCCGCUGUUACGUGGAGCACAAACUGUGGCCCGUUUUGGGACGAGAACCCUUUGAGUGGUUACUGUUACAAAAUCGUCAACAGGCCUCUCAGCUGGAAGGAUGCCCGAGAUUUCUGUCGAAAUUCAGAUAAUAAUGGCGACCUGGCUAGCAUUAUCAGCCUGGAUGAACAAAACUACAUAUCAGGGCGCUUGACGACGAACACCUACCUGUCCUAUUGGAUUGGCGGAAAUGACCUUAAUUCGGAGGGUGGUUGGGAAUGGGCAGAUGGUUCCGGCUUUGCAUUCAUGAAUUGGGGAAAAGGCCAACCUGACAACUGGAAAUCCCGACAAGACUGUUUGAGGGUUGAUAUGUCUCAGUUUAAGGCUUGGGAUGACGCCGAGUGUUGGAUUCGAUACCCCUUUGUCUGUAAGAAAGCAGGUAAAAACGCUCGUCCACUUCCCACAGAAUCGACUAAUAUCGAACCAGUCUGUGGCGAGGGCUGGAUUGCGUACGGAAACACUUGUUUUGAGUUCAACCAGAAGAGGGCCAACUGGGGACAGGCUCGUUCCACGUGCUUGCGUGAAGGUGGAGACCUCGCUAUCGUGCCGGACCUCGCUACCCAGGGUUUCAUCAAUGGGAAUAUAAAAAUUGAAAGCUGGAUUGGCUUAAACGACCGGUUCAAGGAGAAAACAUUUAUUUGGAAUAAUGACAACAAGACGACAUCGAUUGCAUUUAAAAACUGGGCCUCCGGACAACCGGACCACAAAAAAGACCAGGACUGCGUGACCGUGCAGACGGCUGCCAAUGUCCGGGGAAAAUGGAGAGAUAAUAAAUGCAACGGAAAAUGGGGCUAUAUCUGUCAGAAACCAGCCACCUGUGGAAAGAACUGGUACUUACUUGGCACCAAUUGCUACCUGUUCAACACUUCUGGCGCUACUUGGGCGGGCGCCCGUAAACAGUGUAAAAAUAUGGGUGCGGACCUUCUGACGAUCAAAACACAAGAUGUGCAAAGCUUUAUCACAGGUAAACUGUUAAGAGAAAGCUGGAUGGGACUGAAUGACCAGAUCAAGAACAAGAAGUACACGUGGCUGGACAGCACAGAUAAAGUGCCAUUCUUUAACUGGGCGAAAGGUCAGCCUGAUAACAAGGACAACGAGGACUGUGGUACGAUCAUGAAGACUUCCGGCAAGUGGAGAGACCGCAGCUGUACAGAGCAAUACGGCUUCGUCUGUCAGAAAUCUUCAGCGAGCUUGUUGCUUGGUUGCCCUGACGGUUGGGUAGGAUACGAGGGCCACUGCUAUUUCGUUGGUUACAAGCCAAACAUUGGUUCUUGGCAGAACGCCCGAGCCUCCUGUCAGUCCAUGUCAUCCGACCUAGUCAGUAUUACCCGGCCUCAGGAACAGAAGUUUGUGUUUUCUCGGUCCUCCCAUGCCCACUCUCCUGUCUGGAUUGGUUUGAACGACAUUGAUAACUUCGCCGGACAUCGGAUGUUUAGUUGGUCAGAUAACUCGCCUGUGACGUUCACGAACUGGGCAAAAGGCGAACCUAACAACUAUGGGGGCACGGAAAACUGCGUUGCCAUGAAUCGGGAUAAGAAAGGCGGAUGGGACGAUUACCCCUGUUCAACACAGGAUGUCAGAGCAUACGUUUGUGAGAUGGAAAUGCAACCGACAGCUCUAACAACAAAAAAUCCCAUGAAAGCUGGCUGUAAGAGUGGUCUGGGUCUAUAUGCCACCUGCUAUACUUUUGUCACAAGUAAACAGUCCUUCGGCAAUGCUGAGAAAUAUUGUGUGUCCAAGCUGAAGGGGCAUCUCGCUACGAUAACAUCAAGGUAUAUACAAGCUUUCAUAGCCAGCGAGUUGGCAGACAGGGAAGGUAACUGGUGGAUCGGACUCUCCAACACUGAUCCUCAAACUUACAAAUGGACAAGCGGUCAGGCCAUAUCAUAUACAAACUGGGACGUCUCUCAUACAGGCAAUGAGGCGGCUGGAGCAGUGACAAUCACCGCUGAAAAACCAAUCGGAUUGUGGAGAAACCAGAAGAAUAAAGGCACAAAGUUACCGUUUGUUUGUGAGUCGGCUCGUGCCGGUGGAUUCACCACUCCAGCGCCUGAUAAACCAACGCCCAACCCGUUUGCCAACUGUCCAACCUUUUUCGUUGAGCGCCAAGGAUAUUGUUACCGGGCAUUUUAUUCGAGUGGACCUUCACGGAAGACGUGGUCUCAAGCUCGUGCCUACUGCCAGCGAUAUGGUGGAGAUUUGGUCAGUUUCCACAGCAAAGACGAGGAGGAUUUUGUCAAGACAAGUGUUAUCAGAAAGUAUCCUGGUAUAUUCUGGAUUGGAAUUAACGACAUUCAAAAGGAAAAGGGUUUCAAAUGGAGUGACGGAACGCCUGUUGACUACACGAACUGGAUGCCGCAUCAACCCGAUGACCAUAAACACCACGAAGACUGCGGGGAAUUCAACGCGAAUACCAAUCAGUGGAACGACGACAACUGUAACUUGGCCAAGAGUUACAUCUGUAAAGUGAUGAAAGGAGCGUCCCCGAAUCGGAACGUCGCCAUGCCAACUCUAGGUCCGAUCAUUCCCUGCAGCGGUCAUCUAAGCCUGUGGAGCUUUUUCAAAGGCAACUGUUACUAUGUCAGCAAGGGGCGCCGAUCAUUUUACGAUUCCAGGACAUUCUGCGUGCAGAACGGUGGAGAGCUUGUCAGCAUACACGACCAUGACGAGAGUGACUACGUCAUUUCUAAGAUAUCUAGAAGCACCACUGACUCAUUCUGGAUCGGCUUAAAUGAUAUCGGUGAAAAUGGAUACAAUUGGACGGAUGGAUCGCCCCUGAAUUUUAUCAACUGGUAUCAAAAUGAGCCAAAUGACGCCUACGGCCAACAAAGCUGUGUACAAAUGAUCAGGGACGGGUUUUGGCAGGACAACAAUUGUGGCUACUUAAAGAGGUUUAUUUGUAAGGCUCCAAAUGGUACAACACCCAAUACAAGACCACCCCCUACCACCAUGGCGCCUGGAAACUGCCCUCAAGGAUUUUUUGGCCAGGAUUCCAGAUGUUACAUCAUCAAAGGAGAUGCAAAAGCGGAUCAAGUUAACUGGACCACAGCCCUCAGCAGGUGUAAGCAGAUGGGCAGUGGCGUAACCCUGGCAACCAUCAGCAACGUUCUGGAACAAUCUUUCAUCACGUCACAUUUGAGAUCUAGACCAUACAACGUGUGGAUAGGCCUGAACGACCAGGCUUCCCCAAACCAGUUUGUUUGGGUUGACAAUGCUAAAGUCACGUACACUCAUUGGGCUCCUGGAGAACCAAACGGAUUUCGACCAUUAUCCUGGCCAUUUUCUGGACUGAUUUCACAAAAAACUCGAAACAUGGAGGACUGUAUUGAGGUGUACAGCAAAGCACCAAACAUCGGAGGCUGGAAUGACAAGUCCUGUAGCGCCUUGAGAGGAUAUGUAUGCCAGGCUCCCCGAAGCAUGUCUAAUCCUGUACCAGUGACAUCUCCCGCUCCGUCGUACUGUAAGCCUGGCUACACGGUAUACGGCUCCAGUUGCUUCAAGGUGGACGUGACCAGGCGAACCUGGGAUGACGCGGCCCAGUCCUGUAGAAGUGAUGGCGCCUAUCUCGCCUCCAUCACGAGCUCCUAUGAGCAGGCUUACGUGCAAAGUCUGAUACGUUUUAACCCGUCGUUAGCGUGGAUUGGCCUCAGACAAACCCCGGAGACAGGGCUGUAUGACUGGGCGGACAGCUGGCCGGUAACAUACACCAGCUGGACCAGUGGAGAGCCGACCAGGAAUGGACAAACUUGUGUCUUCAUCGUGAAUAACGGCCAUUGGCGAGAUUCAAACUGUUCUUACAAGUUGCCCUCAAUCUGUAAAUUCAACCCAGGUACCCCUCCGCCUUACACUACCCGACCCCCGGGCUAUUGUGCGGACCCUUCCUGGGUUAUGUUCGGAGACUACUGUUAUUUCGUGGAGAAGUCCAACAUCCAAAGCAGAGUCUUCUUGUCCUGGCCAGAAGCUCAGUACUUAUGCUCGCGGAAGGGCAUGGCGCUGGCCACCAUCCGAAACAAGGCUGAGAACGACUUUGUGCAGAAUCUGAUUAAAGUCGGCAUAUACCAGAAAUAUUCUGCCUGGAUAGGUCUCAGCGCCAAGCAAGACGGUGGUUUUCAAUGGGAGGAUAGCAGUGUGGUUGACUAUGUUAACUGGGGCAAGGGAGAGCCGUCCAAUAACAAAACCCGUACCAGUGAAGACUGUGUGAUAAUAGGAGCUACCACAGGGACCUGGUACGACAAAGCCUGUCUCUACAAGCAGCGAUUUGUGUGUUCAACUCUUAAAGUAAUACCUACUAGAGUGACCCCACCGAAUGUCACCACGACGAAGACCACCCCCCUGCCUGUCAUCACCCAGGCAUCGGGCAAUCCACAGACACCCAAGCCAGUGGUCACCCAGACACCCGUGAAGCCCAAAACAAACAAGCCUCUCGUAACACUCCGCCCCAGGACCCAGCCCACGAAGAAGCCCACCAGAGCCCCUGUAACGAACACCCCCCACCGACAGCCAAUUACGUUUGCUCCAACCCGUAAGCCCUUUACACCAUUUCCUCCACAGACGAACCCUCCGAUUGUGACCAGGAGACCGCCAUAUGUCACACGCAGUCCAAAUUAUCAGCGCUUCCAUAGUGGCAAUAACAACGCCAAUCAAGGUAAUGGCAUCAGUGGCGGUGGUAUUGCUGGGAUCUGUAUAGCUUUGAUUCUGGCCGCGGCGCUGGUCACAAUUGGGGUGUUGUACUAUAGGCGGCGUCAAACAUCACUCCGACUACAGACCACGGUGGGCUUUGACAACGCUCUGUAUAACAAGACCGGAGACAGUGUGGACAUUGGAGGCAAUGACUGAGGCGACCUCAGGCUACAGCAU